AAAAAAAAUUUAUUUAAUAUUUCAGGCGUCAGGAUUGUCUUCUCUGGUUGUGUUGUCUGUACUUCACUGAUGGCCUUGGUGCCUCCCUCCGCUCUCUGGUUCCCGCAGAGGCCUUCUUCUCUCGAUUUCAGCUUUUCACCUUCGAAUGCAUCGAUCUUUGUUGCGUCUCGUAUUGGAUUUGGCGCGGUAAAGAAGAGGGAGAGGAAGAGCUUUUUUUUUAGGGUUACUGUUUGUAGUGCUGCUCCUGUUGUGUUCCACAAUCUGGACGCCGAUGAUUUCAGGCAUCCACUCGAUAAGCAGAAUACGCUGAUAUUGAGGGUGAUUCCAGGGUUGAACGAUCUGGGAAAGGCUAUUCUUGGAUCUGUGACAGAGCAAAUAAUGCUUCUUGAGAACAUAGGGACUUCAGUUCUUGUUUCAGAAAAUCAGCUUUCUUCUCUUCAUCAGUUAAUGUUGGAGGCUGCUCAAAUACUGAAUGUUGAGGCUCCGGAUCUGUAUAUUCGACAAAGUCCAGUACCCAAUGCAUAUACUUUAGCAAUAAGUGGUAAAAAGCCAUUUGUUGUUGUUCAUACUAGCCUUGUGGAGCUUCUUACUCGGAAAGAGUUACAGGCUGUUUUGGCUCAUGAGUUGGGCCAUUUGAAAUGCGAUCAUGGUGUUUGGCUCACGUUUGCGAAUAUACUUACCCUUGGAGCAUAUAGUGUACCUGGACUUGGUAGCUUAAUAGCUCGGAGUUUAGAAGAGCAGUUAUUACGUUGGCUGCGAGCAGCAGAGCUAACUUGUGAUCGUGCAGCCCUUCUUGUUGCCCAAGACCCUAAGGUGGUCAUUUCUGUUUUGAUGAAAUUGGCUGGGGGCAGUCCAUCUUUGGCUGAUGAUCUGAAUGUGGAUGCAUUUCUGGAGCAAGCUCGCUCUUAUGAAAAAGCAUCAUCAAGCCCACUGGGGUGGUAUAUAAGAAAUGCUCAAACUCAGCAACUUUCACAUCCUCUGCCCGUUCUACGAGCUCGUGAGAUUGACGAGUGGUCAAGAAGUCUAGAGUACAGAAAUCUUCUAAAGAGUGCAUUACAAAUGAAUGCCAUACAGAAAGAGUAGGAUGCUCCUGGAAAUAGUCAACUCCGAAGCAUUAUCAAUGCUUACUAGUUACAUGUGCACAUAACUACUCCAGCAGACUACCAAGGAGAUUCUAGUAUUUGGCUUUUUUGCAUUCAGCCAUAGCUUUUUAGUCCGGAAUAUCCUUUGUUGCUAUGGGAUAUGAAGGGCUCGAACGAAAUCCUUACUGCUGGAUUUCUCACAGAUAAGAUCCUCUUAUGUGAAAAAGGAAGUUUUUUCCCCAACGAAUUAUGAGGAUACAUUUCUUAAUUUUGCACUUUGUGGUUUGUCCAAGUAUAAGGAGUUAGACUACACUACACUAGAACGUAAGCUCCUUUUUGAGUGCUACCUUCUGUUAACUGCUUUCACCUUUA